UCAUCGCUCUCAACAUCGUGGUCCAAUAAAUUUUUUCCUUUAGUGUGUUAUAUUGAUUCUUUUUACCCAUCUUGUGGAAGUUCCUAAUACUACAACAAAUGGUGUUGGGCAUAAGCCCGUGUCUUGCACGGGCACUACCCAUCUAGUUGACCACUAAACUGCAGUUUUUGCUUAACUUGUUCAAGUAACAAAGUUGGAAGGCCGAUGUUAGGGUGGAGUGGGCACAAAUCCUUACUGGAGAUACGGGGUAGAUUGGCUAAAAAUCAAUCUUUUUAAGCUGCUACAAACUGUUUGUUGGUGUUGCAAAUGCGUGGGAAAUGCAGACGAUACCCGUCCACAAUUUUGUUAUUACUAAUUAUAGUUUUACCAUUUUUAGUUUAUGCGAUCCUGCUUCAGUGUGCUACCAAGAAACCUUCUGCUGUCCCAAAUUCAGAAGUUCAUACCUAAAAAAUGGAGAAAUGUUAGAGAAUCAGAUCCCCGAAACUGUGGCCAGUCCUUGCUGUGUAGUGCACAUGAAUGUAUAUCAGGGCCUUGUAAAGCAAGUAAUGAAUCUAUGGUGGAUUGCCUACUGACAACCUUGAAGGACUUUGCGGGCCAAGGUCACAUAUGCAAAGCCUUUAGAACUUUUUCUCUAAUUCGGACUCAUGUCUCCUCUCAAACCCCUUGUGAUCUUGUUAUACAGUCAUUAUCAUCUCUUUUAUUAUGUUGUACUAAUUGCAAGUCACUCUCCGAAGGGAAACAAAUUCAUGCCCACAUUAUUAAUUUGGGCGUUGCACAUAGUUGGAAUUUGGUGCCAAGGAUAAUUACCUUCUAUACGACCUUUGGUUUACUUGAUGAUGCUCAUGAAAUUGCCGGCACUUCAAAUAUUUUGCACCCUCUCCCUUGGAAUCUCCUUAUUUCUUCUUAUGUUAGAAGGGGGCGGAAUGAAGAGGCAUUCUCUGCCUAUAGGCAGAUGGUGAAUAGAGGUGUAAGACCCGAUGAUUUCACUUAUCCAUCUGUUCUAAAGGCCUGUGGUGAACAAAUAAAUCUUGUUUUUGGCCGGGAUAUUCACAAAUCUAUAGAUGCUAGUUUGCUAGAGGGUAACUUGUUUGUCCAGAAUGCUUUAGUUUCUAUGUAUGCGAAAUGCGGGGAAGUCGAUGUUGCACAUGAUAUAUUUGAAAGGAUGCCAAUUAAGGAUGUAGUUUCUUGGAAUUCAAUGAUCUCUGGUUAUGCUACCAAAGGUAUGUGGAGUAAAGCUUUUGAGCUUUUUGAUAAAAUGAGGGCUGCUGGUGCUGAAAUGGAUAUUAUUACUUGGAACACCAUAGCUGGAGGUUGCUUGAAGACAGGUAACUUUAUUGGGACUCUUAAAUUGUUCUCUCAAAUGAGAACUUGUGGAAUUCAGCUAGAACCUGUGGCAACCCUUAUUGGUUUGGGUGCAUGUUCCCACACCGGUUUGUUAAAAAAUGGAAAAGAAAUUCAUGGCUUAGUGAUUCGAAGUCACCUUGAUGAUUUUGAUAAUGUAAGAAACGCUUUAAUUAAUAUGUAUGCCAGAUGUGAGGCACUUAAGCAGGCAUACAUUUUGUUUCAGCGUGUUGGCUCUAAAACUGUAAUUACCUGGAAUACAAUCAUAUCUGGCUUUGCACAUUGGGACAGGUCUGAGGAAACCUCCUUUCUUUUCCGAGAAAUGUUGCUUUCUGGUUUUGAGCCGAAUUAUAUCACUAUAGCAGGCAUUCUCCCCCUGUGUGCUAGGGUGGCAAAUUUACAACAUGGGAAAGAAUUUCACUGCUAUCUUGCAAGGCGUGAAGGAUUUGAGGAACAUUUGCUCUUGUGGAAUUCACUUGUGGAUAUGUAUGCAAGAUCUGGAAAGGUUGUUGUAGCCAGAAAGCUGUUUAAUUUGAUAAGCAAGAAAGAUGCAAUUACCUACACUUCGCUGAUAGCAGGAUAUGGUAUUCAAGGUGAAGGAAGAGAAGCAAUUGAACUAUUUAAUGAGAUGAUAAAACUCCAUAUAAAACCAGACCAUGUGACCAUGGUUGCUGCUUUGUCAGCCUGUAGUCAUUCAGGCCUUGUGAUGCAGGGCCAGAAACUAUUUGAACAGAUGCAAAGUACUUAUGGUAUAAGUCCUCAUCUGGAGCACUUCUCUUGCAUGGUUGACCUUUUUGGUAGGGCUGGUCUACUUAAAAAGGCAGAGGAAAUUAUCAUAAAGAUGCCUUAUGAACCAACACCUGAAAUGUGGGCAACUCUCCUUGGAGCAUGUAAGAUUCAUAGGAAUACUGAGAUAGGAGAAUGGGCAGCUGAGAAGCUGCUGGGGCUGAGGCCUGAUAAUCCUGGAUACUACGUGUUGAUUGCUAAUAUGUAUGCGGAUGCUGGGCGUUGGGACAAACUGGCAAAAGUGAGGACCCUCAUGCGGGAUUUCGGUGUAAGAAAAUCUCCAGGAUGUGCUUGGGUUGAUACGGGUUCUGGCUUUUCUCCCUUUUUGGUUGAAGAUACCUCCAGUGGCCAAAGUAAUGAAAUUUAUUGUCUACUGGGAGGGCUGAAUAGGCAAAUGAAAGACACUGGUCAUUUGUCUACAGAGGAUUCGUCUUCUGAAGAAGAACUUUGUGAAGGACUCCUUUAGGAAACAGAAGGUGAGACUCGGAUCCAGUCCUUUGACUAUUUCCGUAAGAACUUUGCUCAUCUUUCCUGUUGCGAGGUAUAUCCUAUCCCUCAUGCAGAAUAUGUGCCAGUUUGAUCGAACAUUCUGCUUUUUCUGCCACGGUUGAGGUAAAUGACUGUUUUAUGCAUAUCAGCACUUUCUUUUAACCAUGUGCAAAGAAAAGUUAGCAAAUACUUUGACUUGUGAUUCUUUCAAUGCCAUAGUUGUCUUUUCACCCCCUGUCUGAAGCUAGCAUGACUUUCUUUAUCUUUUUUACCACUGAUAAUGUUUUCUCUUUACAGGUUGCAGGUUUUGGAGAGUAAUGAAACACUUGGAGAAUUUAUUUCAAUCUUCAAGGCUUAUGAUCUCAGUUCGAAUGACCAGGGUUCUUUCGCUGCAGCAUACGUUUUCAUUUGCAAGAUAAAUCCCUGGGUGCAGACUCAUUCUUUUCCAAAUAAUACUACUGUUCAUUUUAUUACAUUCAAUUUUAUAGGGUUCUCAUGUCUGAUGACUUCAUUCCAGGGGCACUUUGCAAGCUGGAGCUAAGGUUAUUGUUCAUCUUGUCAAAGCUAUAGGGGAAAGUUGAGCAAAUGAACUUCUUCAAUAGGAAAGUGGAGGCAAGUGGUUAGGGUGUGUGUACAAACUCUUACUGGAGAUAAGAUUCGUCAGUUAUGUUGGAAAACGCCAUUGCGAAAUGCUAACGCAAUUAUAACCUUCAAAUAGAAGUGGAAAGCCUUGACUGGAGAACACAAGUGCUUUUUAGUGAUGAUUCCAAAACAAAAAAGAGCACAGGUUCAAGAGUGACUUGGUUAUUGUUUCGCUUUCAGAUUUGUCAGUUGCCUUUGGAAGUGCCAUUGCUAACACAACAGUUCAAUUACAACCUUCAAAGAGGAGUGGAAAGCACUGACUGGAGAAUGAGAGCGCCAGUGUGUUGGUAGAAGUUGUUACUUUAUCUGUCAACUGGCGUUUUGCUUAGUUUUCUUAUUUGUGUCAGUUUGUUUGAUGACCAUUCUUAUCUCUGAUUUCCAUCUUUUAAUAUUCUCUUAUAGAUGAUUCCAAAACAAAAAAGAGCUGAGCUUGUUCUUUUUUCUAUCUAUAAUCUCUGAAAGGAAAAAAAUGUACAUUGUGUGCCAUGAGACCACCUUAUCCUUUCAAAAUCUAUAUGAUACUUAUGUAAUAACA